UUCCGCUUUCCUUCAAGCUUCCGUUCGCAAAUCCAUGGCUUGAUCCAAUCUCAGAAAGCAUCCACCUUUAUCUUGAGUCUUCAUUUUGAAUCUGCACCGUUCAAAUUGUUGGGGUUUUCGCCGCCGGUUUCUGUUUUGUUUGUUUGAAUUCACAUAUUCCCAGGGUCUUCCCUGAUUUCAGAUCUGGGUUCCUUUUUGCAUGCGAUUUCGCUGUUAAAAAUUUGCGAAGAUGUUUUGGCGUAUGACUGGAUUGUCAACUGCGUCUCCUAUCGACACAAUUCUAGAUAAGGAUAAUUUUACAUUGGAGGAGCUUCUUGAUGAGGAUGAAAUUAUUCAGGAAUGCAAAUCUCUCAAUGGGCGGCUUAUAAACUUUUUGCGAGAGAAGGUUCAGGUUGAACAACUUAUUCAAUAUAUUGUUGUAGAACCUCCAGAGAAUGCUGAUAAGAAGCAAAUUUUCAAGUUUCCUUCGAUUGCAUGUGAGAUAUUUACAUGUGAGGUUGAUAUUGUACUAAAAACAUUAGUAGAAGACGAGGGAUUAAUGAAUUUGUUAUUUUCCUUUUUGAAUAAAAAUCACUCUCAUAGCACCCAGCUGGCAGGGUACUUCAGCAGGGUUGUCAUUUGUCUGCUAUUGCGGAAGACAUCGACAUUCUUGCAGUAUAUUAAGGGUCAUCAGGAAAUUGUUGAGAUGCUAGUUGACCUAAUUGGCAUAACUUCCAUAAUGGAGGUUUUAAUACGUCUGAUUGGUGCUGAUGAGAAUAUGUACACUAACUACAUGGAGUCAAUGCAAUGGGUAGAGGAUACAAAUAUAUUGGAGAUGAUUGUGGACAAGUUCAGCUCUUCCGAUUCUGCUGAGGUGCAUGCCAAUGCUGCUGAAACCUUGUGUGCUAUAACACGAUCUGCUCCUCCAGGUCUUUCUGCCAAAAUUACAAGCCCAAAUUUCAUAGGAAGAUUAUUUAAUCAUGUUUUGGAAGACUUGAGACCAAAAUCCGUUGUGGUCAAUUCCUUGUCUGUCUGCGUAUCUUUGUUAGAUCCCAAGAGGUUAACAUUGGGUGUAUAUCACACAUACAACCGCCAAGUCUCUCAAGGUUCAAAGAUAUCUGCAAACCCUAAGACAGUUGAAGUCAUGCUGGAGAAUUUAGGUAAUUUGCUGAAGCUUUUGGAUAUUUCAUCUUCAGAGUCAACCUUAUUAACUACGUAUGGGAAGUUACAGCCACCACUUGGAAAACAUCGUUUGAAGAUAGUAGAGUUUAUUUCAGUAUUGCUGAUGGUUGGUAGUGAAGCUGCCGAAAGGAAAUUGAUUCGACUGGGUGCUUUGCGAAGGAUUUUGAACUUAUUCUUUGAGUAUCCAUACAACAAUUUCUUACAUCAUCAUGUGGAGAAUAUAAUAUUUUCAUGUUUAGAGAGCAAAAAUGUUCCACUUGUUGAAAAUCUUCUUUGUGAAUGUAAUCUUUUGGGAAAAAUACUUGAAGCCGAAAAGAAUUGCAUAUUAGAUUCUGAUCCGAAUAUGCCAACAGUUAGUGCUGAAGGUAGAGCACCGCCGAAGAUAGGGAAUAUUGGACACUUGAAUCGUAUAUCUAACAAACUUGUUCAGCUUGGAAAUAACAAUGGUGGAAUUCAGACAUAUCUGCAGGAAAAUAAUGAAUGGAUAGAUUGGCAGAAGAAUGUUCUAUCAAAGCGUAAUGCUAUUGAAAAUGUUUACCAGUGGGCAUGUGGGAGGCCGACUACAUUACAAGACAGGACCAGAGAUAGUGAUGAUGAUUACCAAGAUAGGGAUUAUGAUGUUACAGUCUUGGCAAAUAACUUAAGCCAGGCAUUUAGAUAUGACAUUUAUAGUAACGAUGAUACGGAUGAGGUACAUGACUCAAUUGAAAGAGAUGAUGAGGACGUUUACUUUGAUGAUGAAUCUUCUGAGGUUGUAAUAUCUUCUUUACGCCUAGGUGACAACCAAGAAAGUGGUUCUCUUUUUACAAAUUCCAACUGGUUUGCGUUUGAAGAUGACAGAGUUUCCGAUGAACAUUCAACUGGUGCUUUGCCUUCUGCAUCUCCUAAUACUGAGGGAGCUGGUGUUGUCAAUGGUGAUGGUGAAGAUGAUAAGAAGGUUGUCAGCGAAGAUGAUGACUCAGAUGAUACGACAACAUCUUCUCGGGUAGCUGAUGCCAAAUUAGAAGUUAACUCUGCUGAUCUGACUGACAACUCUAGGGAAGCUGGACCCAAUGCAAAUGUUGAACCACCUUCCUGGGUUGAAUGGAGAGAGACCUCAGAUGGAAUUGGAGCAUCUGUUUCCGAUGAAUCUGCUACUGUUCAAAAUGGGGAACCGCAAGUGAAACUUGAGGAUAAAGGCAGUGGGCAUGACCAAGAUGGUAUUACCAAACCUUCGCGGUCAUCAUCCUCAGACAAUACAAGUGAAACCCCCUUGGAGCCAUUUUCAAAACCGAAAAAUGAGAACCUAGUGUCUGGUGAUGGCAAUCCAAUUCCGCCUAUUACUGAGGUUGAUCGAUGAGACAGCCUCUGGAGCAGGGUCUACCUCUGAGGUUGCCAAGGAUGCGGCAGUGGGGAAGGAGAGGGUGAACUAAUGUAUAUUCUAAAAAAUUGGUAUAAUGGGUCCUACCGUGGUGACACUGUUCUGAUGCCGCUGACCGAGGCAGUUGUUUUCACAUAGCCAUCGACACAAUCCUUAACCGGGAAUUGUUGUUGGUUGGAGUUGAUGAUUCUUUAUCCCCUACACAUGCAAAUUUUAUGUAUUUAGGGCAGGUAAAUGCAACAAUGAAUCUGUUGUAUAGGUUCUGCUAGUGAAUUCAAUCAGGAAAAUGUUAAAGUUCAAGAUU